CGCAUCAAUAACACCAAAAUUCAUACAUACGCCUUGAUGCUGUCCGGAUACCAUCAGGAGACUUGUUCCUGACUGGUGGCUCAGGGUGGCUCACCCUAACUUCUCGUAUUCCAUAUCACAACCCUUACACUUACACUUGGGGACCAUGAAAAGUAUGGAUAUCUUAAUUGGGGUAGGAUGUGGUUUGGGGUAAAGAUCGGGUUUGAUUUCGGUUUAUAUUGACUCUUCCUUGUGUUUUGAUUUCUGUUGAUUUUGAAAUUGUUUACACUCUUUCUGUCUUGCGUCUGUGUUUUGAAAAAAUAAUUGAAGAGUUGGUGAUUGUUUCGACAUCUUUUGAUUCAUACAUACAUUCAGUCUCUCGUUCUGUCUGUAUCGUACGCAUUGCACUUGUAUUUUGAGUAGUUUACUCUUAUUCCAUACCUCCAUUCGUUACAGUCUUUUGUCCUCGGCUUUACACAACAUCACGAUGAAGUACUCACUUAUUCCAUUCGUUCCCCUUUUCGCGGGUUUAUCUCAAGCAGCAAGCAGUGAUGAUUGGGCGGGGAGAUCUAUCUAUCAGGUUAUCACGGAUAGAUAUCAUCGAUCCUCGGAUUUAGAUGCUCCAUGUAAUAUCACAAAUUAUUGUGGAGGUACUUGGAAUGGCAUCACGGAGAAUCUGGAUUAUAUCCAGAACAUGGGAUUCACGGCCAUUCAAAUCAGUCCAGUCAAUCUGAACAUCAACAGUACGACGAUUUAUGGACAAGCUUUCCAUGGAUAUUGGCAAACUUCUCUCUACGAUCUCAAUCCAAACUUCGGCUCAGCAGAUGACUUGUUGAAGCUCAGCGCAGAACUUCACAAGAGAAAAAUGUACCUCCUCGUUGAUGUCGUCGCUAGUGAGAUGGCUGUUGACAUUGGAGAUCACAACAUGACCGCAGGAACCAAGAUCGAUUAUUCUGCUUUCUCCCCCGCUCCAUUCAACGACGAAGCAUCUUACAAUUCCUACUGUCCAAUUGUCGAUUGGCAAAAUGUCACAGAGUAUCAAAAUUGUUGGCUGGGAUACACCGGAGUCGCAACUCCAGAUAUCAAAACAGAGAAUAAAGACAUUGCAGCUGCAUUAGGAACAUGGAUCAAGGAGCUUGUCGCCAAUUACUCUAUCGAUGGAAUUCGAGUUGACGGUGCUAAACAAAUCACAUAUGAUUUCUUUCAAGAUUUCGUCGAUGCGGCGGGUGUUUAUCCUUUGGGAGAAGUAGAUGAUGGUGAUGCUGCUUUCACUUGCAAGUAUCAACAGUAUACUGAGGGAUUGGAGAACUACCCAGUUUAUUUCACAAUCAUUCAGGCCUUUACCGCUGGUAAGAUGUCGGGCUUGGUCGAUAUGGUCAAGAGUGUGGGAGCUUUAUGUAAAUCCCCACAAUAUCUUGCCAAUUUCAUUGAGAAUCAAGAUCAACCACGUUUUGCAUCUUACAAUGAUGAUGAGACUCUCGCCGCCAACGCAAUGGCAUUCACAAUUCUCGCAGAUGGUAUCCCCAAGUACUACUAUGGACAAGAACAACAUCUCCAAGGCAACUAUUCUCCAUACAACCGUCAAGCUCUCUGGGAAAGUAAACCAAGCACAACUACUCCUCUCUACACCAUGACAGCUACUCUCAACACCCUCCGUAACCACGCUAUCUCCAUCAACUCAAACUACAUCACCAACUCAUCCAUUCUCCUCCACAGCGACGACUCCACAUACGCUGCACGUAAAGGACCAAAUGGUGUUCAAAUCGUCUCGGUACUUUCCAACCAAGGUUCCAAAGGAGGAGCUUACACCAUCGCCAUCAACAGCGCUGCCGACGCUGGAACCAACAUGACAGAAGUCAUCACAUGCACAUCAUACAUUGCCAGUGAAAACGGAACUCUCUUUAUCGAAAUGGAUAAAGGAGAACCAAGAGUCCUCUUCCCUACCUACCAAAUGAAUGGAACGGGCGUUUGUGGAUUCGAUGAAGAUGCUAGUGCGGGUACAGCAACCAGCACGGCAACGGCAACAGGUAGCGCAGCUAGUGCGUCCAGCACGAAGAAGGGUGAUGCGAGUGGAUUGAGGGUUGUCGGGUGGGUGUUUAUGGGUGCGAUGGGUGCGUCGGCUUUGGCUUUUAUGUAGGGGGUUAGAUUUUGUGAGUGGGU